ACCAGUAGCCUACCUAAUGAGCCAACUGGUAAAACUACUGAUAUGGCUUGGGAGGAAGGGUUCUUACGCAACGACAUAUCCACGACACAGGCAGCGGUUUCAGUUGUCCUACUUGCCCCUAUAACUUUCACGACUUUGUUGCAGUUGCACUGCUCGACUCCUCCUAUACGCGCACCCAUAGCAACCCAAUGAAGCCAAUAUCCCUGACUGGUCAGCACGGCGCCCGCAUCCUGUAACAGUCAACCUCUUAAGUACCCGAAUAAUUGUCCGAGUGAUGACAACAACUUUCACUGGAGUGGUCAAAGGAAAGCCUUCUGGUCAGGAGAACAGGUAGGCUAUGAUGCCCGCUGGGAGAGCGCGGUUCGGAUGUGACGCUGCUGGGACGAGGUGGAGGACGGCAGAACCCCCCGUUUCCCUGACUAAACGUAUUGAGGGUGUCUCCCAUCCUUGGCCCCCCCUGCCCCUUCCCAAACUUGCGGGUGCAGGAUUAAGGACCCAGGUCGCCCCUCCCUUCCCUCUGUUCCACACGCGCCAUGCAGAGCAAAGCGCUGAACGGCCACGUUUAAUCACUGUGGUGCGACCUUGUGGUCAGAGUGUGCUCAGGAAGGUAACGGUACUGCUAAAUCGCAGGGGUGUGGUCUCUUAUGAACAGCUCCUAUUGGACCUUUCAGAGGCCUUGGGCUUUCCUCGCUGGCACAGAGCUAGAGUCACACGCCUUUACACACCCCAUGCGCGAGAGGUGAAGGGUGUGUGCGAUUUCUUCCGUGGCGAGGUGGCGUUCCUGGCUUUUGGAAAGGCUCGUCCGGAUCUGCGGAGCGUGGAGGAAGCUCUGGAAGAGCUGUUUCCGGAGCAUUCUCAUUACCGCAGCGAGGCGCUCCGGGCCUGGGUGAAGAGGCUUGUCCCGAAGCCUGACAAAGACAAAGCGUCGAAGGCUGACAGUGGGUACAGCGAGGGCACGGACAGCUUUGACACCCACGCACAACACAAGCACCAGACGCACGUCGAUGCUGAUGCUCACGUUAGGACACUUCGCAAUAGACAGAGACUCACCCAGGAACUUCCACUCACAGACAGCCACAGGCAGGCCAAACAGAAUCCCGACACACAGAAGUAUCCUCUUCACCACACACCCUCUAACCGACACCCCGUUCACCCCCCCAACCACCUGCAGAAAGUCCGGGUUAGAGAGAGGGCCAGAAAGACACCCCUCUCUGUGAUUGGUCCCUUCACCCAGGAUGAGGGGCUACGAGAGGAGACAGACAUUUCCUUUCCUGCCCUCUGUGGGAAUUGCAGAGGAGAAGGAGAUGGAAAUCAGGAGCAGACCAAUCACAGAGCAGGGAGGAUCUCACUUCCUCCCGUGAGCAGGAAGCAAAGAGGACACAUAGCAAAGGAACAGGAAGCAAGGAGAACUGGCAACUGUUCUCACCCUCGACCAAUCAAUAAAGUUGCUGAGAAAUCAUUUGGCGUAUUGGAACUCUUCUCCUCAAACAAAGAGGAAGUUAAUAAGCCAACUGUGAUCUUUGACCUUCCAUCUGACGGAAGUGAUGUGACCCUGGCUGACAUUGAGCGUUGCUACGACAUUGGACGGGUGGUCGGAGACGGGAACUUUGCCAUCGUGCGUGAGUGCUGUCGCCGUGACAACGGAGAAACCUUGGCCGUGAAGAUAGUGGAACGGUCAAAGCUAAUUGGACGAGAGCACAUGAUGCAGAAUGAACUGAGCCUGCUGGGUAGCCUGUCCAACCCCCGUGUGGUACGACUGCUCACACACCACCACACACACACACACUCCUACCUGAUUAUGGAGCUGGUGCCGGGGGGUGAUCUGUUUGAUGCCAUCGCAGAAAGGGGGAAGUUUACGGAAGGAGAGGCCAGAAUGAUGGUGUCUGACAUGAGCGAGGCCCUGAGAUACAUACACAGCAAGAGAAUUGUACACAGAGACCUCAAACCAGAAAACCUAUUGGUGAAGGGUAAGGGUGGUGGAAGCCAUAGGCUGAAGUUGGGGGACUUUGGUCUGGCCAUGGUUGUCACAGAACCCAUCUUCACCGUUUGUGGAACACCCACUUAUGUGGCCCCAGAAAUACUCUCUGAGACAGGUUAUGGCCUCACGGUGGAUGUCUGGGCUCUGGGUGUAGUCUUCUACAUCCUUCUCUGUGGGUUCCCUCCAUUCCGGAGUCGCGACAGAGACCAGGAAAAACUGUUCCAGCUGAUCAAACAAGGAGAGCUCCACUUCCUGUCCCCGUACUGGGACCCCAUCUCAGAUGGUGCUCGAAGCUUGGUCCGAGCUCUGCUACAGGUGGAUCCAGUAGAGAGACUAACAGCAGAUGAGAUUCUGCAGCAUCCUUGGGUCCUGUACACUGCCACAGCCAGCGGGGAGAAGGAAGCACUCCCAAACACACCGCAGACCACCACAGACCGACAGACACUACUACAGACUCUGGCAGAUCAGCCGAAACGAGCAGAGACCCGAAAAGGUCAACGUAGACAGGAAGCGAUGAGUACAGAUCGAUAUCAACCCCACCAACCUUCGACAGGAACCUCGGUCAAGACAACCCCACCCGCGUCUGCAUCGCCUCAAUCCAACUCCAACACAGACCUGCACAGCCCCUUCAACCCCAACCCCACGCAAAAAGAACCCAACACUCAAAACCAACUGCCCCUCACCAACACUCCUCAUGCAGAACCCUCUCCAAACUCUCACACACAGCCUCCAAACACUGAAGCAGCCACUCCCCCCAACAAUCUUUCCAAACCCCAAGCCGCAUCCCGACCCCAGUCUCCCAGACAAUACCAAUCCAAUCCAGGCCAGCCCCCAAGCAACCCCACCCACACAUCCCCGCCCAACUCCUUCAUCAACCCCACAUCAGACUAAUUAAGUCAAAUUGGUUCUCAUUGUCUUUGCUGCUCUCUCGCUGAUGAACUCAUCUUGUGUUUGAUUAAAUGACUGUACUCACAAUGUUUAAAAAACCCAUACUCAUGUGAUUUCAUCGUGUGGGAACAGUUUCUAGGCACAGCUUUUAACUCAUAAGUAUCGAAAUUGAAGGUUUGUUAUCAGUCGGUGUGUCUGUGUUGUUGUAAAAUGGUCUUUUAUAUAUUCUUUACUACUCGUUAGUACACUGUGUACUACUGUGACCUUGGAUAUUUUCGUAUACAUUAAGUGUUCAGUAGUUAGUAGGGAAUCACAUAUAUUUAGUAGGAAU